UUAUGUCAAGUGGAUACAUGAUUAACAAUGUCUAAUUCAUACGAAGGGUGUGGAGAUCUUACGAUUUUCGUAGCCGUUGCCUUGAAUAAGGUAAUUGGCCAUAAAAACCAAAUUCCCUGGCCGCAUAUUACGCAUGAUUUUCGUUUUUUGCGUAAUGGCACAACUUACAUUCCACCUGAGGUGUUGUCUAAGAACCCAGAUAUACAGAAUGUUGUGAUUUUCGGUAGGAAGACUUAUGAAAGUAUCCCUAAAGCUUCGCUCCCUCUUAAAAACCGUAUAAACGUGAUACUGUCUCGUACUGUCAAGGAAGUUCCUGGUUGUUUGGUGUACGAGGACCUUUCUACUGCCAUUCGUGAUUUGCGUGCAAAUGUCCCUCAUAACAAGAUUUUUAUCUUAGGCGGUUCUUUUCUUUACAAGGAGGUGCUUGACAAUGGUUUGUGUGAUAAGAUUUAUUUGACUCGUCUCAACAAGGAGUAUCCUGGUGACACCUACUUCCCUGAUAUUCCGGAUACUUUUGAGAUAACCGCCAUUAGUCCUACGUUUUCCACUGACUUUGUCAGUUAUGAUUUUGUUAUUUACGAGCGUAAGGAUUGCAAGACUGUUUUCCCCGAUCCUCCUUUUGAUCAAUUAUUGAUGACAGGGACUGACAUUAGCGUUCCCAAACCAAAGUACGUUGCUUGUCCUGGCGUCAGGAUACGCAACCAUGAAGAGUUCCAAUACCUUGACAUAUUGGCAGAUGUGCUAAGUCAUGGUGUAUUGAAGCCCAACCGUACCGGUACUGAUGCCUACUCUAAGUUUGGCUAUCAGAUGCGAUUUGACCUUUCACGUUCAUUCCCGUUAUUGACUACCAAGAAGGUAGCAUUGCGCAGCAUAAUUGAGGAACUGCUCUGGUUUAUUAAGGGUAGUACCAACGGCAACGACCUACUGGCUAAGAAUGUGCGCAUUUGGGAGCUUAACGGUCGUCGUGAUUUCCUUGAUAAGAAUGGUUUUACAGAUCGUGAAGAGCAUGAUUUAGGUCCUAUAUAUGGUUUCCAAUGGCGUCAUUUUGGUGCUGAGUACUUGGAUAUGCACGCUGAUUACACUGGUAAGGGUAUUGAUCAGCUUGCUGAGAUAAUUAACCGCAUUAAAACGAACCCAAACGACCGUAGGCUGAUUGUAUGCUCUUGGAAUGUUUCGGACCUAAAGAAGAUGGCUUUGCCUCCUUGUCAUUGUUUCUUCCAAUUUUAUGUCAGUGACAACAAGCUUUCUUGUAUGAUGCAUCAGCGUUCCUGUGACCUUGGUUUGGGUGUACCUUUCAACAUUGCUUCUUAUAGUAUACUUACUGCUAUGGUGGCUCAGGUUUGCGGUUUAGGUUUAGGGGAGUUUGUCCAUAAUUUGGCAGACGCCCACAUUUAUGUUGACCACGUGGACGCCGUUACUACUCAGAUUGCUCGCAUUCCUCAUCCAUUUCCCCGUUUGCGUUUGAACCCUGAUAUUAGGAAUAUCGAGGACUUUACUAUUGACGACAUUGUAGUUGAGGAUUACGUCUCGCAUCCUCCCAUACCCAUGGCCAUGUCCGCAUGAUCACAACCGUUUGGUAAAUAGAAUCUUAUUUUGGUAGAAACAGUACCAUUUCCAUACACAACCAUUGCGUAGUGCAGUUGUUAUUGUGGACCUAGGCAUGGCAGGUUAGCACCGUCUGACGUAAUGGCUAUGGGUAUAAUACUACAAAUCCCUAGGAUUUACGUAUGUGGAUAUAUCUAAUCUAUGUCCUGGGAUGAACGUCGAGAUAUAUGCAGAUUUGCUAUGAUACGGACUGGAUAAGACAGCACCUCUAUAUGAUAUAGCGUAGUUUGCGGGAUGUUUAUCUAGGGAAAACGGUAUUCCCGUAUGAAUUCACGCGUGCAACCGUUAAUUAAAGUCACAUUCACUAUUGAAGCCGGGUAGCGAACUAUGAAAACGCAAUGGCAUUCUUUUACAUCCGAAAGCAACCACUCAAAUGGCAUGGUUGUAACACUAUACACGAUUUAUAUAUCUAACACAUCGAUGGGAAAUAUGCUCUAGAU